GACAACGACACCCGCUCGAGUGAAGCUCUGCGUAGCCCAAUGAGCCUGCUCUGGCCCACGUGAGAGCAUGCAGCUGCAGCUAUUCAAUUUCACUCUCGAGCAUCGUGCUGCCCGCCAAACAUGCGCGUCAUAGCUGCCCUGCUCUGCAUCGUGUCACAGGCUUGGAGGGUGAAUGCCAACGUCGAGAAGACAAUCUUCCUAGGGCCCGGCGCUGUGACUCUGUCUGAUGUUCGCCCCAGCUUGGACGACCUGCGCCUGUACUCAUUGUCAAGUUUCAAUUCUAUUCUGCCAACGCAGCUCGCUGUGCAAUUCCCUUCGAAGGCGGAGCCCCACGGCCCCGAAUCCUGGUAUCUCCUGAGCGAUUUAGAGGAAGACAGGAGGUACGAGGUCCGCAUAUGCUGGCCGGCAACCGUGAGUUCGAUACUCGAAAUGUUACUAAGAGCGCACACUGACACCUAUCAGUCGCCGACCGACUUCUGGCUUGACACCUACACUAUCACCCAAGUAUUCGAUACUCCAGAGCUCGUAGCUUCUCUUGCAGCCUAUACUGAGCGGCUCUCACAACCUGAGUCUGAUAUCAGCACUGAAAAGACGAAGGCAAAUAGAGGCGAGCAAUCACUACUCUUCCUGCGAGUCCAGGCAGCAGCGUCGUACUACUCCACUAAUCGCACGUUGAUGGACUACCCCCCACCAGUCGAUGUCGAUAUCAUCCUCGAUCCAUUCCUUCUGAACAUCCUACCACGCUCUCUCGCACCGGUCGGCAUAUACAUUACGGGUGUCGCUAUUGCAGCGUGGUUUGUCUCAGGUUACAUCUACCGCUGGUUGCUCUCAGUGGUCGAGGAUACUCCCGCAAAAGCGCAUACCGAUUGAACCGCGGUUCUGUUGCAAGAAUUAAACGCGCAGAUAUCAUGGCUGCGGCCGCGGGCGCACCACCUCCACCUCCACCUCCUCCACCGCCGAGAGGCGCGUCCUCUUUCGAACAGCUUCCCGCUGAGCUUCUACUGGAGAUAUGGGAACACCUCAGCGUUAACUCCUCUAUGCAG